AUGUCUGAUGCUUGGUCGGACCUAGAUGAGGAGAUCUCCAGUCAUGACGACGAGGCCGAGAUUGCGCCCUCGGGAGCAGCACCUACACGAAGGUCUACUCGGCUCAAAAACGCAGUUGACAUCGACCGUCCUAAUGUACAGGACCAAUCGGUCCCAGUUAUCAAGUCGGAACCUGAUGAUGCGGCCGGCUUGGAAAACCUCUUAACUAUUAGCGGACGACGAAAUCCCGGCUCCAUUAUCUCAAAGUACAAGUCCCCCCAUGAUAACCUAGUUGUGGAACCGGAGGAAGAAAAGCCGAAGCAAGAAUUGCGAUUAACUUAUACUGGAUACAUGGUCCCUAGUCGAUGCUUGUGCGUCAUCGCCGAACCGUGGCCCGAUUUGCCAUCUCCGGCCCAACUUGCCUCUCAAGCUACUAAACAUAACUCCAAGACAGUCGCUUCAACUUCUUUGCCUUCACACCUCUUUUGA